AUGCUUUCAUCCCGGCUGCGAAGGUACAAAGUGUGUUUCCUCCGGCCGGAUGGGGCAGACGACGAGGCUAAGGCGAGGUUGCGUGCUUUCGAGGCCAGACUAUCAGAAGUGAAGAGGAUACAAUUUGACUGGCCUCAACUUCUGCGCCUCGAGCAUCUUCCGCUCCGAACGGCCACCAGUUCGCCCCAGCAACCGGAGCCGGUGAAGACGACAUUUCGUUUGUCCCGUUUCUGUCGCUUUUGCUCGAACGCCAAGCCGAAAGUGGCCGAAAGAGGCAGAAAAAGGGGCAAACCGAUACCACCGAUUCCACCCAAUCCUUCGAGCCUCAAGGUCAAAGGACUUUCCGUCAGUCGCCUCGUCUGGUGGACAUAUGCACGAGUGGACCGUGAAAGAAACCAGCCUCGGUUACCAGAUCACGUUGCCACAGGAAUUGCGAACUUAUGCCGACCCGAAAGCAGUGCGGUCAACGCAGGUUAG